AUGCAUUCCAAGCGCCUCACAAUAGCUGCACUUUCGUUAGGCAGCGUCGCUGCUGCCUACGACUGGUCUACCUUUGCCAUCAACAACAACGAGUGGCACGAGACGAUCGAGCGCGAUGUCUGCAUCGUAGGCGGCGGCUCGUCGGGCGUGCAUGCCGCCGUCCAGCUUAAAGAUCUUAACCGCACCGUCGCAAUUGUCGAGCGCAAAUCAGUUCUGGGUGGCCACACGAACACAUUCACAGAACCUGAGACUUUGGCGCAUGUCGACUAUGGAGUAUUGGUGUUCCAUCCCCUCAGCGUCACCUACGAUUACUUUGGGCGCUUCGACAUCCCGCUGUUUAACCUGACCUAUGCCAAACCCAAUGAGCCGGGACAGCCCUGCAACAAGUCGCUACCAUAUUUGCUUUGCAAGACGACGCGAUCUGUAAUCGAUUUCCGCGACGGAUCGCCCGUCAACACGACAAAGUAUACCGACUUCAGCGAGGCGCGUGAGCGAUACAUCAAAGCAACCAGCCAAUAUCCAUAUCUCCUUGAUGGAUACGACAUUCCCGAUCCUGUGCCUGAAGAUUUAUAUAUGCCGUUUGGCGAUUUCGUCGAAAAGUAUAGCUUGCAGGCCAUCUUUUCGACGGCAUAUCUCACAGCGCAAGGCCUUGGCGACAUGCUGCAUGUGCCAGCUAUCUAUGCCAUCAAGUAUUUCAACACCAUUGACGCCCAAACGCUGGUUGGUAGCAGUUAUGUUACGACAGUUAGGAGGAGUACAUACGAGCUGUACGAAAAGGCUGGCAAAUUCAUUGGCAAGGACAACUUGUUUAUGGACUCCUCCAUUAUAAGCACACGUCGCCAAAACACCACGUCGGGACGCUUAGAGCUGCUCAUCACGUCAAAAGACCAAAGUCUUAGCCUACUGUCCUGCCGGCAGGUUAUCUCGACUAUCCCCCCGCAAGUGUCGAAUUUGGAUGGCUGGGACUUGUCAGACGAUGAGACGAGCGUCUUCUCCAAGUUUACCAAGAGCAAUGGCUACUGGGCUGGCCUUGUCACCAACGUGGGCCUCAACCAGACGCGGUCAUGGCUCAAUGCGGCAGCCAAUACGCCGUUCAAUAUUCCUGUAUUACCGGCCAUGUACGAAUUCCGGCCCAUUGGCGUAGUCGAGGGCCUGUGGGCUGUCAAGUUUGCUGCAAACACUGCCGCCAUGACUGACGAACAGGUCAAGGACUAUGUGAUUCGUCAGAUUCAGACAAUUCAGAAGAGUGUGGGCGCUCCAGUCACAGAGCCUAGAUGGGUAGCAUUUGAUUCUCAUUCGCCGUUUAGCUUGUACACGUCCCCGGAGGACAUUAAGCACGGCUUCUACAAGAGCCUCAAUGGCCUGCAGGGCGGGUUUGGUGGCAAGAUGUUUUACAGUGGGGCGGCGUUUCAUGUGCACAACAGCGCGAUGCUGUGGAGGUAUAACCAGGAAGUGCUGAUUCCUCAAAUGCGACGGAGCUGGUAGGGGCACGUGUCUGUAGAAAAGAAGUAACUCG